AGUUUGCUUGACGCCGGUCAGUCAUGUUGUGAAAUGUUUCUUUGUACCUGCCUCUUCUAUGCAUGGAUAAUCAUUUACUAUGUGUUUUCAACAGAAGAGGACCACAUCAAAGUGUGCAACUCAAAGGCGACCAAAGAUGUUUCGACUCAUAGUUAUGCCAUAGUUAGUAUGGACGGAAACCCCGCUCCCCAGUCCGAAUGGAAAUGUCUCGUUGCGUCGCAGCAACGUUCAGUCCUGACCCUUCAAAGAUGUAAUUUCUCUGAUUCCAAACAAGUAUGGUAUAGAAAAGACAAUAACACCUUGAUCAAUGCAUUUUCGAUUGAAUGUUUGGACUGGAAGAAUGGUGAAUCCGGGAAUGCAGGUGACAUCGUCCUCCAACAGUGUAAUGAUUCAAGCAUAACACAGAAAUGGGAAUGUAAUCGUACUAGCGGAUGUACAAGUUUAACAUCUUCAAUAUUAGGAAAAAAAUAUCGUAUACAUGUUAAUGAUACUAAAAUUACGGUUGCACCAUUUUAUGACCCAAGUAUUUGCACUGGUUGGAGAUUCAUAAAAUUAAAUAAUAGCCAAAUCAAUGGGGAUAACGAAAAACUAUUUUGCAAACAACAUUGGAAACCUUGUCGGCCUCCUCUUGCUGGAUUAGAUUCAUUCUUAGUUUCACCUUCCACGGCUGCAUCUAUUAUUCACGAUGCUGGUUUAUUUCAUCGUCACAAAGGAAACAUUGUCGGGCGGAAAAGCUGCUACGAACACGAUGACACAGUCGUCAUCUGCUGUGAUCCUGGAUACGAAGGAUUAGAAGAUAAAUCUCCGUUUAAAAUAUUAACAUGUGUCGAUGGUGAAUGGUCAGAUGAUCGUCCAGUUUAUUGUGUAAAAAAAUAUUGUGGGCCACCACCAAAAGAAAAAUUUUCAGCAGCAAUUGGCUCCAACUUCAGAUUUGGCGAUGUCGUUAGGUAUGAAUGUGUCCUUGGAUAUAAAGGAAUCCCUACUACAAGAUUAUGUGGAACGAUGGGAAGAUGGGUGGGGAAAAGACCAACAUGUGUCUCCAAUUGUGAAUUUAAUAUAACGGCGGAGUCAGGUAUAAUCAGAUCACCGAGAUAUCCUGGGCCAUACGACCACCUUCGACAAUGCAAAUGGUUUAUAACCAUUCCAAAAGGAUUGAAAAUUGUAUUUUGGGUUCGAGAUUUUUAUGUGGAACCAAGCUCAAUUUUAACGACGACUUGUCAUCACGAUGUAUUCUUUAUAACGGAAGGCAACAAAACUUUAGAUUACUGUGGAUCAACCGGACCCGAUGGUUGGAUUUCUAAAGGAAAUAACGUUACGGUCGGUUUUCGUUCUGAUCAUUCCCAAGCAUUUAAAGGCUUCAAGAUUGAAUUUGUGUCGUGGAAUUCAAGCGAUACUCCAGUACCAAUAAAACCCAUAAGAAAUGGAACAUUCCCCGAUGAAGAAAUAAGAUCGCACGUUCACGUUUCUACAGAAUAUGCAAGAUAUUAUUUAGAGGCAAUCUACGUCAUUCUAGCAUUUCUUGGACUCGGUUGUAUUUGUGCUAUAAUCUUUUAUCACGUGUUUGACUGGGGCAGAGUUCAACCGAUAACAGAAUCCGUUACGAGUCGUUUGGGCUGGGGCUCAAGAUCUGCAAUGUCGAAUGCAGAAGACCAGGAUGACGACUUGUCGAUUAUAGAAGAAGGAGACGACGAAGGUGGCUCAGAAGAAACCAGCAUCAAAAACGAUGAAAGACAAUAAAACAGUAACAUUGCGAAUGCAGUAUAUUAAUAUAUCUUAUAUUGUAUUUAACUCAAGUGUAAAAUAUAUCAUAAAGCAACAU